CCUGGCAGAGUUGCGUUUGGCGAUACUUUUUCCGCCUCCCGCCCCCUAGGGUGUUGACCAGAGUGGUCCCCAAGUGUCCUUCGUAGAGUUCCUACAUCGUGUGAGCGAAUCGUGCGUUGGUGUUUACUUAGCUGUAUAUCCUCUGUCUGUUAAUGUGGUCUGUGCUACGUCUGGAGGGUUCUACCAUUUACUAGUUAUUGAGUGUAUGGGCACCUGGGUCUUUGUAUGCAUCGAUGUCUGUUUGUAGAAAAUGUGCAAUUGUGCAUGUUUGAAAAACUGGCGCUUGAGUUGGUGACUGAUGUCUGUAAAUUAUAUCAGCAACUAAGUCUUCCCAGAGAAAUACAUCGAUCUCUGCACCACACCUAAAAACUGACUAAAGUAAAAUAUCAAAUGUCUUAUAAAGAAAUGUAUAUUAAAUAAUAAACUUUUGAUAUAGAAAAAUAUAACUACAGGAACCACUCUUCUUUGAGGAAUAAUCAGUGUGCAUUUAGCUAAUAUCUAAAUUUAAAUGUUGAUGAAACCAUUUAAUUCAGAACGAGUCAUAAAGUUGAUGUGUUUUUAAAAGACAUUUCUUUCUAAGAUUCCUAAUCUUAAUUGCAUCACCUCCCAAAUGUAUUUUUACUGUCAUUUGAUCAUUUGAAAGUUUAAAAGCAACAUGCAUGCUUCUAAUUUUAGUUUUAAACUCAGCAGAUAAAAUAUGAGUGUUCUGCUAAUGAUUCUGUCUCCUUCUUUUUUAUUUUCCUUCAAAUAAGUGCUGUUCUUGCAUUUGUUGUUGCUUUUUGAUAUAUUAAGCAUCCUUGGGCAUUUAAUCCAAUGAGAUUAGAGCAGAUUUACUGGUUUAAAGGUGCUAAAGGAUAUCUCUAUGGAUCCCAUAACUUCUCAUUUUUAUUACCAAGUUAAUAUCUUUUGAACAAUGAGGGAAAUGCAAUUUCUUAGUGGAAACUCACUAGACGUUGAGUAUCAGCAGGGUGACCACUGCCGUCAAUCUAUUUUUCAGAGUAUUGAGAAGCUCAGAGCAACCAACCUUUAAGGUUCCCUUAGGACUUUAUCUGAUUUAAAGUGUUGCUUUUCUAAUCCCACCCUACUGACGCUUUGCAAGGGAAGAUAUACUGAUGGAUUUUCCUCUGUUCUGUUUUUCCUAGUAAUCCAUCCCCCUCCUUUGCGCUUUAACUCAGUUAAGAGCAAUUUUAUCAAAAUAAAAGACAUGAAUAGUUUCUUAAGUGAGACAAAUUAUGUUCUGAUCAUAUCCAUACAUGAAUAGAAUCUACACCCCUCCAGAAUUUUAAACAUUGAAUACUGCAAGAGGCUACUUGUAGGUAUAAUAGCAGUUGUUAGAGUGGAACCAGAGGCUUGAUGAUGGUCAUGGUUUCUAAAAACUAAUCCAUUUUAGGUUAUCAAGAGAACUUACUGUAAAUGGACUCUUUUUGUUCCAAAGAUGUCUUCCCACUCCAGGCAAGGGGCAGUCUUGGCUGAGUGUGGCUUGUUAAAUGGACCAGAUUUUCAACUCAUUUCAAUGCAUUGUUACCAGAAUUUGUAGAUGUUUUCUCUAGCUUUUGGAUAAGUUGUGGUGAACAAGUUGUGGUGGAGAAAAAGGAAAGCUAAACAAUUUCACAUAUAACCAAAGAUCCGCGACAGUGGGUCUCUUUCUCAGUCUUUCUGCGUUUGGCUUAAUUGAAGACGGAGGUUAUGAAGUCGAUCCUGGAUGGCCUUGCAGACACCACCUUCCGCACCAUCACGACAGACCUCCUUUAUGUGGGCUCCAAUGACAUUCAGUACGAAGACAUCAAAGGUGACAUGGCAUCCAAACUAGGGUACUUUCCACAGAAAUUUCCUCUCACUUCCUUUAGGGGAAGUCCCUUCCAAGAAAAGAUGACUGCAGGAGACAAUGCCCAGUUAGUCCCGGUAGACCCGGCAGCAAACAUUACUGAAUUCUACAACAAGUCCCUUUCUUCCUUCAAGGAAAAUGAGGAGAACAUUCAGUGUGGGGAGAACUUCAUGGACAUGGAGUGCUUCAUGAUUCUGAACCCCAGCCAGCAGCUGGCCAUCGCCGUGCUGUCCCUCACGCUGGGCACCUUCACGGUUCUGGAGAACCUGCUGGUGCUGUGUGUCAUCCUCCACUCCCGCAGCCUCCGCUGCAGGCCUUCCUACCACUUCAUCGGCAGCCUGGCCGUGGCAGACCUCCUGGGGAGUGUUAUUUUUGUCUACAGCUUCGUUGACUUCCACGUGUUCCACCGCAAAGAUAGCCCCAACGUGUUUCUGUUCAAACUGGGCGGGGUCACAGCCUCCUUCACCGCCUCGGUGGGUAGCCUGUUUCUCACUGCCAUCGACAGGUACAUAUCCAUUCAUAGGCCCCUGGCCUAUAAGAGGAUCGUCACCAGGCCCAAGGCGGUGGUAGCCUUCUGUCUGAUGUGGACCAUAGCAAUUGUGAUCGCAGUGCUGCCUCUCCUGGGAUGGAACUGCAAGAAAUUGCAAUCUGUCUGCUCAGACAUUUUCCCACUCAUUGACGAAACCUACCUGAUGUUCUGGAUUGGCGUCACCAGUGUGCUGCUGCUGUUUAUUGUGUAUGCAUACAUGUACAUUCUCUGGAAGGCCCACAGCCACGCGGUCCGAAUGAUUCAGCGAGGCACCCAGAAGAGCAUCAUCAUCCACACGUCGGAGGAUGGCAAGGUACAGGUGACUCGGCCAGACCAAGCCCGCAUGGACAUUAGACUGGCCAAGACCCUGGUCCUGAUCCUUGUGGUUUUAAUCAUCUGCUGGGGCCCUCUGCUUGCAAUCAUGGUGUAUGAUGUCUUUGGGAAGAUGAACAAGCUCAUCAAGACUGUGUUUGCCUUCUGCAGCAUGCUAUGCCUGCUGAAUUCCACCGUGAACCCCAUCAUCUAUGCUUUGAGGAGCAAGGACCUGAGACAUGCUUUCCGGAGUAUGUUUCCGUCUUGCGAAGGCACCGCACAGCCUCUGGAUAACAGCAUGGGGGACUCAGACUGCCUGCACAAACACGCCAACAACACAGCCAGUGUUCACAGGGCUGCGGAGAGCUGCAUCAAGAGCACAGUCAAGAUUGCCAAGGUGACCAUGUCUGUGUCCACAGACACGUCUGCCGAGGCUCUCUGAGCCUAAUGCCUCCCUGGCAACACAGGAAAAGAAAUACCCCCUCUUUUUUUUUUUUUAAAGCUCAAAAUCUAGAAGAGUCUGUCCUCUCAUCGGUUAUAUAUUUUUUUACGUUUACCAUGCUCAGUGAAAAGGUGAUUAUCACCGUGAUCAGUUAUCAGUUCUCUACUGUUUCAAUAGUGUAGGUACUCCAACUCACUUCUCCAGGGGUUUAUGAUGAAGGAAGCGUGUGACUUAUAUGACUGAAAAGUUCUUCAGAGUCUUAAUGAAAUAGGAGAGAAACAUUUGGCUAUACAAUUUGACGUCCAAGUACCCAUAGAAAAAUGCCAUCAAAUGAGUAAUGCCUUUUAACCACAGCUUUCAUUAUAAUGUGAAAUAUAUUUGUCCAUCAGUAUCAGAGAUGUCCAUUUUUACAACAGUUACAAUAUUUAAAGUAGAGCUAUUUUGUAAAAUGUAUUGUGUCCUGCAAGAUGUGUAUUGGUGUGUACUAUGUGUUAUUUAUAUUUGUCUAGUUCAGCAAAACCGAAAGGUAGACUUCCUUGAGAACAGUGGAUUACAAGCAGUGGGCAUAUACCAAUGUGAUCACUUUUUAACAAAUUAUUGCCCGUGAUAUAACUUUAGAAACCUUAAUAUUUUUUC